AUGGCAUUCUCUUCAGCACUUGUUCUAACAGACCUAAACGAUUACAUUGCCCCUUCUCAGGCCUGCAUCAAGCCUGUUGAGAUCCAAAAGACUGCCGACCCUGGCCACCAAUCUGAGAUCAAGGUUGAUGAUCAAGGUGGUUACUAUGAGAUUACCCAAGACGGAGGUGAAUCGAAAUUAGAAAAGGCAGCCAUCAGUUUGAAUGACUGUCUGGCUUGCAGUGGAUGUGUUACUUCUGCAGAGAGUGUAUUGAUCAGUAUGCAGUCUCAAGAAGAGCUUUAUGGAAUCAUAAAGGCUAAUCAACUAGCACUUGAACAAAACACACCUGACAAGUACCGGACCAUUGUGGUAUCUCUAUCGCCUCAAUCCCGCGCUUCUCUAGCCGCCCACUACAACCUCAGUCCACUCCAGAUUCACAAACGAUUGACAUACUUUUUUAAGCAACUCGGCUGCCACCACCUAGUAGACAUUUCAUUUGCCCGAGAUCUCUCUCUAGUCGAAUCAGCCAGAGAAUUUGUCGAACGUUACAAGAGUGCAACCGCAGCAUCUCGGCGUCGUGGUGGUGCCGGUGGGUUAAAAGCAAAGUCUCAAGAACAUCUUCCAAUGCUGGCAUCGUCUUGUCCUGGCUGGGUGUGUUACGCUGAAAAGACCCAUGGAGAGGUAUUACCCCACAUCAGUAAUACAAAGUCACCUCAGCAGAUGAUGGGUACAUUAGUAAAGGAUUAUUUGGCCACAAAGGUCAAUACCAGACCUAAUUUGAUUUACCAUGUGGCAAUUAUGCCCUGUUAUGACAAGAAGCUUGAAGCAAGUCGACCAGACUUUUUUAUGCAAGAAUUCGAUACGCGUGAAGUGGACUGUGUGUUAACAACCGGAGAAGUACAAAAGAUGUUUGGCGAACAAAAUGUCGAUUUCAAUCAACUUCUCGAAGCUCCUCUUGACACAAUGCAAGCGCUGUUGAACCCUUCAGAAACUCUGUACGGUAGUGCUGGAUCUUCAUCAGGUGGACAGAUGGAAUACAUUAUGGCUACAGCAGCCCGCGAGCUGUUUGGAAUCCAGUUACCUAGUGACCCUUCACAGUCUGACCAAGUUGUGGUCAGGAUAGGCAGAAACGCAGAUGUCCGGGAAUACAGUCUCGAGACUGUUGAUGGUCAGGUGUUGUUGAAAUUUGCCACCGCAUAUGGAUUCCGUAACAUUCAGAAUAUUGUACGCAAAAUCAAGACCAACAAAUGUCAAUAUCACUAUGUUGAAGUCAUGGCCUGUCCAGGUGGUUGCGCUAAUGGAGGAGGUCAACUGGCUCCUCCACCAGUCGAGACAGUCAAUGCCAAGGACUGGGUUAACCAUGUCGAAAACAUUUAUCGAUCUGUAGAUGGAGUUCUUCCUGAACAAAAUGAAGCAAUCGUUGCAAUCUAUAAUGAAUGGAUUGGUGACCCAUCGACAGAGCGAUCCCGUCAGUUACUUCGAACACAAUAUCAUGCCGUGACUCAGAAUCUUGUUAAUCCAUUGGCAACAAAGUGGUGA